AGAUAAAUGGGCAGAGCACAGGUGGCCCGGCAAGAGGGCCACGGAUCCCCAGACUGCCACCCCUACCCCACGUGCGGUUUCUACGGCGGCGCAGGGGCUUCUGGGGAUUGUAGUCCACAGGCUUCUCGCGCCUGCGCUGUGGGCCCGGGAGCUCGCUGUGGGCGGCAUUGUUCGGGGCGCUGAGGUGAGUCAGGCCGGGACCGCGCCCCCCUUCGGAGGCGUCCCGAGCGAGGAGGGGGAAAGUUCUGCUUUCACAGGAUUCUGCUCUUUCCAAGACAAAGACAGUAUGAUUAAAUUCCAGGAAACUGUGACCUUCAAGGAUGUGGCUGUGGUCUUCACCGAGGAAGAGUUGGCGCUACUGGACAAGACCCAGAUAAGCCUGUACCAGGACGUGAUGCUGGAGAACUUCAGGAACCUUGUUUCAGUGGGAGACAGGAUUAAAAACAACAUUUCACAUCUUCAGGGGAAAGGGUUGAGUUAUCUCUCACAAGAAGUGCUCUACUUCUGGCAGAUUUGGAAACAAAGGAUCAGUGAAUUACCGGUGAGUCAGGAGCAUGUCAUGAAUCUUCAAGGAGAGGGUCCCCAAUAUUUAGAAGAUAUUUCCCUCUGUGAAGAGUGGGCGAGAGUCUCCCUUCAGAUUUCUGAAAAUGAAAACUAUAUAACAAAUGCCAUUAAUUUAGAAAAUCAAGAUGGCACAUCGUGGAAAGGCCUGACACAAGUCCUUACCCCAGAAUCUUGGAAGGGAGCCAAUAUGAUGACUGAGCCCCAGAAUUCUCAAGGACAAUAUGAGAGAAUUCAUGUGAACAAGAAACUGUAUGGAUGUGCUCAAUGUGAUGAUGGCGUCAGUCAGACAUGUGAUCAUGGUGAUUCCCAAGAAUGUAAAGAAGAGGAACCUUGUAGACCCACUGAUUGUAGAAAACACUUGGCUACAGAAUCAACAGUCAAACAGCAUAACGUGGUCCCUGUGGUAGCCCAACCUGUUAAAUGUAAUAACUAUGGUGUGGGCUUCAUAGAUGGUGCAGACCCUCCUGUUCAUCACAGCACUCCCAUAGGAGAAAAGUCUUGUGCAUGUGACCAGUGUGGAAAGGACUUUAGUCAGAGCUCAGAUCUUACUGUUCAUUAUAAAACUCAUUCAGAAGACAAAGCUUAUGAAUGUCAAGAGUGGGCAGAGGGCUGCAAGCAGAGCUCAGAACUUCCCAGAUAUCAAAAAGGACCCUUGGGAGACAAACCCUAUAAAUGUCUUGAAUGUGGCAAGGUCUUCAGGCGCAACUCGUCUCUUCACAACCAUCACCGGGUCCACACAGGGGAGAUGCCUCACAGAUGUGAUGUGUGUGGGAAGGGGUUUGGAUUUAGGUCGCUUCUUUGUAUUCAUCAGGGAGUACACACAGGGAAAAAGCCCUAUAAAUGUGAGGAGUGUGGGAAGGGCUUUGAUCAGAGCUCCAAUCUUCUUGUCCACCAGAGAGUCCACACUGGAGAGAAGCCCUACAAAUGCAGUGAGUGUGGCAAAUGCUUCAGUUCAAGCUCUGUUCUUCAAGUCCACCAGAGGCUGCACACAGGGGAGAAGCCUUAUAGGUGUGGUGAGUGUGGAAAGGGCUUCAGCCAAAGCACACACCUUCACAUUCAUCAGAGAGUCCACACAGGGGAGAAGCCCUACAAAUGCAAUAUGUGUGGAAAGGCUUUUGCAUACAGUUCGGUUCUUCACACUCAUCAGAGAGUUCACACGGGAGAAAAACCUUACAAAUGUGAAGUCUGUGGUAAAGGCUUCAGUUAUAGCUCAUAUUUUCACUUACAUCAAAGAGACCACACCAGAGAGAAACCAUAUAAAUGUGAUGUGUGUGGUAAGGGCUUCAGUCGGAAUUCAGAUCUUCAUGUGCAUCUCAGAGUGCACACAGGAGAGAGGCCCUAUAAGUGUAAAGAAUGUGGGAAGGGCUUCAGUCGCAACUCAUAUCUUCUUGCUCACCAGAGAGCUCAUGCAGGUAAGAUGCAAUAUACAUGUCACGAGCAUGGCCAGGGCUUUAGCUACAGCUCAGAUGUUCUUGCUCAACAAAGACUGCAUGAAAGGACAGAAACAGUCUCAAUGUAAUUCUCAAAUGAGCCAAUUGGGAAAGCAAGCAAGUCUAUGUAUUCCAGGCAAUAAAGGCUUACUCAGUUCCUAGAAGGCCUGCGGCAGCAAAGGACAAAAACACUGCCACCUAUGAUGUCAUCCUGCAGCACUCAAGCAGGGGUUCUUAAGAGCAUUCUACUGUGGAUCCCAAGAACUUCUGCAAAGCUCUCAUCAGCUGUCACAUGCUGCAGUGGCAAAGUAAAGGAGUAUCACUGGAAAGAUAUUCAGAAGAGUGCUCAGAAAUGAAACCCAUGUUAUUAACGUGGUAAGAAUAUUAGUCCAUUCCAUUAGAUUUUCUACACAGGAAGAAGCUCUGUCGAGUGUUAACUUUAUAGGCAUGGCUGUGUGUUUGUCUCAGCUGGUUCCAUUUCUUGGUCACAUAAAGACUCCAUUUCCCAGAAACCCUUGCAGUUAAGAGCUGGUCCAUGUGAUAGAGUUCCAAGCAACAGAGCGUGAGCAUAAGUAAUAUAAGCUCCUUCCCGGCCUGGCCCUUACAAACAUCUUGUGAUGUCCCUCUGGGCACCUUUUCUGUCUUGAUGGCGACUUUGGAGGCUGUUCCAGGCUUGAUUGGUAGAAGAUGGCUAUCUGACCUCUGUUGGACUUUAUUUUUCUUGAGUAAGAAAUAAACAUGUAUUGUGUUAUACUACUGAUAUUUUGGCAGUUUAUUUCUUGCUGGUAUUGCCCAGGUUAUGCCAACUAUGACAGAGGGAUUUAACGGCAACAUAUUUCAUGGUCAUUGGAGUUCAUGUAAGGAAACAACUUCAUAAUUGAAUUCAAAACUUCUAAAUAUUUAAGGUUAUAUGUGGCAGUGCAGCUACCUUAAAUGGUGUGGAUAGGACUUCUUCAGUGAGAAUCUUCAUUCAUUGGUUUGUGCAUAAAAAAGAAAUGUUCCAAACAAUGUGCAUGUGGUAAAACUAGCAAAAAUGCAAUCUGUAGACAUAAGAAAUCCCGUGUAGUAGAGAAACUCUGUAAAGUGUAAUAAUGGGAAAUGUUUGUCAAUAAGAAAUUAGCCAGACUAGGUGUCCUUCAAAUAGUCUUAAUAAAGAGGAUUAAGUAAAA